CCAGGACACAGACUGACCCGAGGCGAAGGAGACACAGACCGUAAAGUACCGGGAGAAGAGAGAGCUGGAGCUUUGAGGUUUGAAGAUAUGACUGGAGCUCCUUGAUCCCUCCAGCUGACCAUUAUAUAUAUGCCCUCAGCUUUCCCCAGAAAUGUAUGCAGAUGUUCAACCUGAGUCUGGAGAGAAAUGACUCUGCUGGGAAUGCAGAUUUGAAGUCCAUUGUGAUAGUCCCAGUAGAAAAAUGCUGGCCCUGAAUAAGAUGACCAUCUCUUUGAACCCCCAAAACCUGGAUAUACAAGAACAAAAUAGAGUCCUGAAAGUAGAUACCUCCAUUGAUCAGGUAAUCGCUGUAAGAAGAGAGAAAAAAUGUAAUCCAGAGGCUUCUCGCCAGAACUUCAGAUGUUUUCCAUACCCAGAGAAAGCUGGACCCCGUGAGGCUGUAAACCAGCUCUGGGAAUUGUGUCUUCAGUGGUUGAGGCCAGAGAUUCACUCAAAGGAACAGAUCUUGGAGCUGCUGGUGCUGGAGCAAUUCCUGACCAUCUUGCCCAGUGAGAUCAGGAUUUGGGUCAAGUCACAGUAUCCAGAGAAUAUCGAAGAAGUGGUCACUAUGGUGGAGGAUUUGACCCAAACCCUUGAGGAAGAAGCUUCAUGUUCUUAUGAUUCUUCUCUUCAAGAAGAAAGCACAGAAAAGGAAGAAAUGUUCCCAGUAACCAAAUUUCUGGAAUCAGUGACUUUCAAGGAUGUGGCUCCUGACUUCACUUGGGAAGAGUGGGAACAACUGGAACCUGUUCAACAGGACCUCUGCAAGGAUGUGCUGUUGGAGAACUAUAGGAACUUAGUUUUUCUUGGGCUUUCAAGUUCCAAACCAAAUGUGACCUCCCGGAUGGGACAUAUGGAAGUGCCAUGGAUGCUGGAGAGUGAAGCUCCAAGAGACAUCAGUCUAUAUUGGGAUACUGGACCUGAAGUUAAUGAAUUAUUUCCAAAGUGGAAAACUUUUGUAGAAGAGUCAUCUCAGGGGGCGACAAUAAAAGGACAUAAUUCUUGGAACUUUGAACUGGGAGAAGCCUUCAAAUAUUAUGACAUGUUGGUGAGGCAGCAAGGCCAACAGGAAAAUCAUUUGAAGCUAGGAACAAUCACUCAUGAGGAAAAUCCAAACACGUUUAGAGGUUCUAAAAGCAGUGAAUUUGGGAGAAGCUUCAAUCUGAGCUCAAUGGUAAUUACACAACAGAGAAUUCCUUUAGUAAAUAGGCUCUCUAAAUAUGAUACAUGUGGCAAGAGCUUCAAAGAUAAUUCAGAACUAUCUGAACAUCCAAGAAUCUAUACAGAAGAGGAAUCUUUGAAGUAUAAAGGAUUUGGGAAAGUUUUCAGCCAGGAUUUACAACUUAAUCUCCAUCAUGCUUGUCAUUCUAGAGAGAAAUCUUAUAAAUGUAAUGAAUGUGGGAAAGCCUUCACCAAGUGGGCAAACCUUACUCGACAUCAGAGAAUUCAUUCUGGAGAAAAACCCUUUAAGUGUAAUGAAUGUGGGAAAGCCUUCACCCAGAGGGCACAACUUACUCAACAUCAAUUUACUCAUAGUGGAGAGAAACCAUUUAAGUGUUAUGAAUGUGGAAAAGCCUUCACCCAAAGGGCACAUGUAACUCAACACCAACUUACCCAUAGUGGAGAAAGACCCUAUAAAUGUAAUGAAUGUGGUAAAGCCUUCACCAAUCGAGGAAUACUUACUGAUCAUCAGAGAAUUCAUUCUGGAGAGAAACCCUAUAAAUGUAAUGAAUGUGGGAAAGCCUUUACCAAGAGGGGAAUACUUACUCAACAUCAGAGAAUUCAUUCUGGUGAGAAACCCUAUAAAUGUAAAGAAUGUGGGAAAGGUUUCAACCGGAGUACACACCUUACUCUACAUCAACACACUCAUAAUCAAGAGAAACCAUUUAGGUGUAAUGAGUGUGGGAAAGCCUACAGCCAGAUUUCACAGCUGAAUACUCAUCAAAAAGUUCAUUCUGCAGAGAAACCCUAUAAAUGUAAUGAAUGUGGGAAAGCCUACAGUCAGGUUUCACAGCUUAAAAUUCAUCAAAGAAUUCAUUCUGGAGAAAAACCCUAUAAAUGUAAUGAAUGUGGGAAGGGCUUUAAUCGGAAGACACACCUUACACGACAUCAGAGGAUUCAUACUGGAGAGAAGAACCUCUUACCAUAGUAGGGACUUAAUAUAUGUUUGUUUAAUUGAAAUUGAAUUUAAAUGCCUUGUUGAAUUUUAAGUAAUCUAUGUGUAAUAGCAUUUCCAUAAUUUAAAAGGGUAACUACCUUCAAAAAAGAAAAUGUUAAUCGUGCAUGUUUGGUGAAGCCAUGCUGAACUUUUAAUCGUUUCUACUUCCCUGUUCUUUUUUAUUAAUUUGACAAACUACAAAGAAAAAAAGAUUGUGUAUAAUAUUGCAAGUCAAGUAUAUAUUAAAUUUAAUAUUGUACUAUCAUCACAGACCUUUGUGUCUUGUGUCCCUUUCUGAGCUUUCUUCUCUCUGCAUAUUUUU